GGAGACAAAUACUCCCGCUCGCUAGCUGGGUCAGAGGCAGGAUCGCUAUGUUUUCCAAGAGGGACUGCCCGGCGUUUCCCUGCGUGCUUUCUUUGCUGAAAAUGUUAUGUCCCAGCCAUGUUUGGAUUUUGAAAUACAAAGGGUCGUACUACGUGAAGUGAAGAGAAGCUGGUAGCCAGCGGAGGAGACACGAACGCCCGGGUCACUAUGUGGAGCUGUGAAGCCUUUAACAGCAACCAAACCUUACAGGGCCAGCUCCUCUGCCAUGACUUUCAUCUUAUGCUUUCCAUUUUCUCGCUGCUCUACCUCAUCGUCUGCCUCCCGGUCGGACUCUGCUACAACGCCCUCCUGGUCCUCGUCAAUCUGUACAACAAAGCCACAAUGACCAUGCCGGACGUCUACUUCGUCAACAUGGCGAUCGCCGGCCUCAUCAUCAACGUCAUUGCGCCCAUGUACCUCCUUGGGCCAGCCAGCACGAAAUGGGCCAUCCUAAGCUUCAACAACGAGGUCUACAUCACGUUGCUGAUCUUAUUCAACGUGUCCUCCUUGGUGAUCAUGUACUCUACCACCCUGCUCAGCUUGGACUACUACAUCGAACGCGCGCUGCCCAGGACUUACAUGUCCAGCGUUUACAACACCAAGCACGUCUGCGGAUUUAUCUGGGGCGGAGCCAUGCUGACCAGCUUCUCAUCUCUCCUGUUCUAUGUCUGCAACCACGUCUCCACCAAAAUCAUCGAGUGCUCCAAAAUGCAGAACAAGGAAGCAGCGGACGCCAUCAUGGUUUUCAUUGGGUAUGUCGUCCCCGCUGUUGCCGUGCUGUACGCACUCGUGUUGAUUUCGCGGAUCCGGAAAGAGGCGACGCCACUGGAUCAAGAUACUGGAAGACUAGAUCCAUCUGUGCACAGGCUUUUGAUCGCCACGGUCUGUACGCAGUUCACACUGUGGACGCCUUAUUACGUAACUCUUCUCGUAAGCACAUUAACUAGCAUGCAAGGAAAGGUUCUGGAUGAAAAUUACAUCCAGAUAUUACAUUUUACCAAGGGGCUGUCCAAAUUCUUGGCUUUCUCAAGCAGCUUUGUGAUGCCCCUGCUCUACCGAUACAUCAACAAAAACUUCCCAAACAAAUUACGACGGCUGCUUAAGAAACUGCAUUGUGGGAAUCAAGGGUGUGCCCACGAACGCACGGUGGUUCAGCAAGUUAUAACGUUUUCCCCCACCUUAUGAAGGACCACCCCCACAAGACCCUAUCCACCUGGAUCAGCUGCACUAUGGCUUCCGAUUGUCUUAUCGUUUUCAGAAAUCAGGAAUCUCCCCCCCCCCAACCGUGUCCCAAAUCUCAGUGUUAACGUUAAGUCACAUGGAACUGCUUUGUCUCGUUUACCGUUUGCAUUCUUUCUCUGGCAUUUCCAGUAUUGCAUCUAAAUCCCUUUACAUCACCGAUCACCAGUGUUCCCUCUAAGCUGAGUUAGUGUGACCUAGCUCACAGUGUUUUA